CAGAUGUUGUGGUCAGUCGGAAAUACCCUUGGAGAACUGGCUAAUCUCGCCAGCUCUUUUACUUUCCCUCGCUAUAUAGCUGGCGAGAUCCAUCAAAUAGAACCAACCCCAUAUAGAUUUUGAUAAAGAGGUUUCUCUCUUUCUCUCUGCACCUCUCUCUCUCUCCAAGUCUCAACUCUCAUCUUUCGUGAAUAUUCGAAUAUACCAUUAAUCAGGUUUUCUGCACGCAAUUCAGUAUAGCUAGCAACAAUAUCAGAGGAGAUUUAAUUAUUAGCGCUCGCUAGCUAAUAGCAUAUUCCCUUGUUCCCAAAGGCAUUUAACUUUUCUAAGUACCAGCGGCCAGGCAACGGAAAAAAAAAAAGAAGUACAAUACGAUUAAUUAAGUUACAAGAAGGUGAUCGACGGAGUAGCUAGCUAGCUAGCUUGAUCGUUAUUCAAAUCGAAAGAGAUCAAUCGAUCAAGAGAUAUAUAUUAUAUAUAUCGGCAUCAGGUCUCGCAAUCUGGCAUGGCUUCGAUGUUAAUGUGCCGGGAGGAUCGGAGGCGAGAGUGUGUGCGGUGGGUAGAAAAAUAUUUCAAGGACUGUGUUUGUGACAUCAGAAGCGAAAUUUCUUUCAGCCUUGGGAUGCUAAGCUUGGUUUUCUGGGGCAUCGCCGAGAUCCCUCAGAUCAUUACAAACUUCCGCACCAAGUCUGGCCAUGGCGUCUCGAUCGCUCUCCUCCUCACUUGGUUCGUCGGUGAUAUAUUUAACUUGGUCGGUUGCCGCCUCGAACCGAUUACGCUACCAACUCAGUACUACACGGCUCUGCUUUACACAGCAGUCACAGUAGUGUUGAUUCUGCAAACCUUUUACUACGAUUACUACAGUAGAAUUCGGAAGGACAAUAUUGGCUUCAAUAAUGCUCUGACUACCGCUGUUGAUGAUGAUGGGGUAGAAGCAAUGAAGAAGCCUUUGAUUGAUCCAAGGCGCAAGGAUGAAGCCCAAGCUGUACCAACAAAGACUUCAAAUAGAGCGUCUCCUCGCACUGAUUCCUAUUACAUGUCAGCGAGGUCAUUGGCCAGUAGUACUGGGACGCCGUCGUACAUGCAAGUUGGUAGAUUUGGUAGCGGGCCGUCAACUGUGGCAGCAGUACACGACUCUUCCUCCGAUGGCGACGAGGACGAGGACACUGCCGAUAACCAUUAUAAUUCCAAUCGUCUCCCUAAUCCUUAUAAGCCCAUCGCCUCUCCAGCCACUGGCUAUGCAGCAAUCAUCAUCGGCUCUGCUGGUUUGCCGUCUCAAGCCAACGCCCUUAUAGAAGCAAAUAUAUAUUUCCAAGGCAGAAGAUUAUUAAAGAACUCAGGGUUGAUGACAUUGGGGUCCAAUCCUUACGGAAUGGCCCUAGGAUGGGUGAUGGCUGCCAUUUAUAUGGGAGGACGUCUGCCUCAAAUUUAUCUCAAUAUGAAACGAGGAGGCGUUGAGGGUUUAAAUCCUCUUAUGUUCACUUUUGCUAUAAUUGCAAAUGCAACCUAUGUCGGGAGCAUUCUAAUGAGGAGUAUUGAAUGGAAAAUGCUAAAGGCUAACGCACCUUGGUUGUUGGAUGCCAUUGUUUGUGUGCUGCUCGACCUAUUUAUUAUAUUGCAGUUUGCAUACUACAAGUUUGCUGCUAGAAGAGCAACCGAUAACGACCUGGAAGUUGAUAAUAGUGAUGAUGUGCCUACCGAGGCCAAGAAGACAAUUGCUUGAAUGGAUUUGUGUUAGAAGCCAUGCAUGUUUUAAUUAGACCAUGUGUGAUUGAUAACAAGCUUAUGCAUCUUUGAUUAUCUUUUAGAACUUAACAAAUGGACAAGGAUGAACAAAAAAAAAAAACUAAUCAUCCACAUUUUGAUGUUAAUUAUUCCUUUUUUAUUUUAUUUUUAUUUUUUUUAUUUUAAUAGGAGACCAUUUUGUUGAUCUACCUUUCUUUCUUUCUGUUUGCUUCAAGGUCUAGGGGUGGAACUUUAGAAUUAAAUAUCACCGUUCAGAUAUAUCCUCUAUACUA